UUUGUAUUCUGUGGGUUUCUUUUAAUGAAAGAGGAGGGAAUACUGUGGUUUCUGUGCAUGUCUCCGUGGAAAUUCAACACCUAUCAAGUAAUUUAUCCGGUUGCUCUCACGUCGCUGAACAAGCUUGUCCUCGACCUUUUCGCCAUCUUUUGAAAUCGGCGUUCUCCCCUCUUUCUAAAAUCCUCCGUUAACAUUUGCUUACAUCCCAAUUCCUAUCCCGCCCCCUCUUCUCUAAAGCUAUUUACAGUUUGAUUUUUCAGCUGUCCAAAGGUUUGGCAGAAAAGUUAUUGAAUUCGAGGGGAAGGGGGAAUCCAGUCGCUCUGCGCUCAAACGGUUUCUCCCAAACGUUAAAAAGACAACAAUUAGAACAACAAAAAUGCAGCUGCGGCGGAGAAGCAGCAGUCUCCGAGCACAAACAAAGGGAGCGAAGAGCUCUACGUGGGCCGGGUGUCAGGUUACACAACCAUCUCUUUAAAUCGUCAGAUACCCGCCACCGCCUUCCCUUUCCCUCUUCCUUCCCUCCUCCGAAACACAGCCCGAAAAAGACAAGCCACGCGACCCAAUGGCGAGGAAGUUAGCACUUUUGGCGCCGGGACACACUUCGCAGUUACGCCAAUCACAAGCUGGGGGAGGUGGGACGACGCCCUGGGUAGAAUGGAGCGUCCACCAAUGGCAGGAGUGUUAUUGCGGAGAAAUAGUAUUAUGCUAAUCGAUGUUUUGCUCGAGCUCACUCGGCAAGGGCUUUAAAAAGGGAGGCAGCCGCAGGCUGGGUGUUAGAAGCAGCAAGUGAACAAGGAGGGUGUCAAGGCCAGGCGGAUCGGGGCGCAGGCAGGUUGCUCUCCGCAAAGUCCCCGCGUUGUUCUGUAGCGCCGUGAUUUGGACUGCCAAGCGGGCCUGGCUCCUCUUCCCCGGGCGAAAGUUGUUGCCCUCCCCUUUCGACCAGCACCAUGUCCAACGUGCACCUCUCCAGCGCCUCGGCUUUGGAACGCCUGGCUGCUCGCCGGACUUUCCCUCUGCACGCUCGCACCGGGGUCUGCAGGAACCUCUUCGGCCCCGUGGACCACGACGAGCUCAACCGGGAGCUAAAAAGCAAGUUGCGGGAGAUCUGCGAGGACAGCCAGAGGCGCUGGGACUAUAAUUUUCAGACCGAGGCGCCGCUGCCUGGCCCGGGCAGGCUGCAGUGGGAAGAGGUGGAGGGCGAUUCCGUGCCUGCCUUCUACCGGGAGACCCUGCAGGUCGGGAAGUGUCGCUUCCCUGUACUGUUGGUCCGAGCCAAGCCUCUGCCGCCUCCCAGCGCUGAGACGUCUGCUGCGACAGAGCACAGAGAUUCUCCCCAGGAGCUGGGGCUUGCUUCUGCUUCGGCCGCCCAGACCAGCCCGCAAGGCAAGCCUGCCACCUUGGCUAGCGCCAUGGCGGGGGCCGAGGAACGCCUCAACCAGGAGAACCGGGCCGGUCAACUCAACAACUUCUCAGGGAUUAUACUCAAGCCUGUCCCUUGCACGGCUAUGGCUCUGAAAAGAGCAUCUUCGACCAGCGUAGCUCACAUUACAGAUUUCUUCGCCAAGCGGAAAAGAGUCGUAGACUCGAAAUCGGCCGGGGAUCAUCCCAGCGCACUGCCAGCCUCGGUCUCUGCUGUCCCCACGGAGCAGACGCCCCGGAAAAGACUCCGAUGAAUAGAUUUUGCACUACCGCACAGAAGCAUCGUUUCCUUGGUCCUUGGAAACCUAGAGCUUAAGAGGCCUUCCUCUGCCCACAUUUAAGGAACUAGCAGAAGAGACCAGAGUUGGGAAGAAGAGCUUGCCUGUCUUUUGUUUUCACUCUUCUUCCGCUCUCCGCCCCAGAAGGAACUGCUUGUACCUCUAUGUAGCAAAAGUGGCUCUGACUUCAAGCCACCUGACGGAGCAGUGUUAAUUUACAACUGUGCAAUUUAUUAUUUUUUAUAUAAAAAUGUAUUAUGCCUAAUGUGAGUACACUGGCCUGAAGUGUAAAAGCUUUAAAGUCAUUUAUAUAAAAAAAUGUUUAAUCUCUGCUGAUUUCUCAGUGCAAAAAGUGUAUAUUUGUAAAAAAAGCAAACAACUUAAGAGUUAUACUAACUUAUAUUUUCUAUUUAUGUCAAAAAGGCGGAUAACUUCGGUUGACACCCAGUAGUCUGUUAUUUGUGUGUGUGUUUUUUUCCUUAUUUGGUUAAGCCAAAGGGCACUAUAUUUGCUUUUUUUGUUAUUUACAAAAAAUGUAAAUUUAUUUUUAUAGUGGGUUUUUUGCAUUCACAGAAUGUAGCUAUGAAUCAAAAAAAAAUUUUAGUUAUUACUUGAAAAUAAAUCUGAUACAAUGGUUCCUGAGCCGGUCUGUACCACUGCCAUUGCAAACUUAUGCCACAAUGUUAAAAUAAAAAGGAAUCUUAUUUCAGUCA